ACAUGGCCCCAGCAAAAUAAAACUUCUGUGAUCGUGUUUGUUAUCCUGGGUUUUUCUCAUCGCCCAGAUGUGAAAGCCUUUUUUUUCAUCCUGUUUCUAUGUAUUUACAUCAUCACAGUGCUGGGAAACCUAAUCAUUCUCCUUGUCAUUAACAUGGAUCCUGCCCUCCACACCCCCAUGUACUUCUUCCUCAGGAACCUGUCAUUUCUGGAGAUCUGCUACACCUCUGUCACCCUGCCCAGGGUGCUGGUCAACCUUCUCUCCAGUGAUACGUCCAUCUCUUUCGCAGGUUGUGCUUUGCAGAUGUAUUUCUUUCUGUUCUUUGGGGCAACUGAGUGCUGCCUCUUAGCUGCUAUGGCAUAUGAUCGCUACAGAGCUAUAUGUAACCCUCUGCAUUACAUGGAUAUCAUGAAUAAGAAGGUAUGCACGCAGCUGGCUGCUUCCUCAUGGAUAUGUGGCAACCUUGUGGCCCUUGGGCACACUAUCUUUAUCUUCUCUUUGCCCUUCUGUGGCUCCAAUGUGAUCAACCAUUUCUUCUGUGAGAUCCAGCCAGUGCUGAUGCUGGUGUGUGGGGACACUUACUGGAAUGAGCUCCAGAUAAUUCUGGCUGCUGCCUUUGUCAUCCUGAUGCCCUUCCUGCUCAUCUUGGUGUCUUACAGCCUCAUCAUUUCCUCCAUCCUCAAAAUCAGGUCUGCCAAAGGGAGGUACAAAGCAUUCUCCACUUGCUCGUCACAUCUCAUUGUAGUGACAAUAUUCUAUGGGACAGCUGUAUUCAUCUAUAUACGUCCCAAAUCCAGCUAUUAUCUGGAUGUAGACAAGGUGCUCUCUCUGUUCUAUUCUGUGGUGACUCCCAUAUUGAACCCUAUUAUCUACAGCCUUAGGAACAGGGAGGUGAAAGGGGCACUCUCUAAAAUGAGAAUGAAGCUACUGCACCCCAACUUUUAG